AUGGAAAGAGCGCAAGCGCGGCUUCUCACCUUCGUGCCCAUUGUCGUGGCCACUGUCUAUCUGGUCUUGGCAGACCAGACCCGGAAGCGUCUUACAAUAGUAUACCCUGAGCAGACGGGCGACGCUGUCGACGAUGCCGAGAUUGACAUCAUUGCCGUGCAUGGCCUCGGGUCAAACGCUGACUGGUCUUGGGUAUAUCAGGACGGCGAUAAGCACGUCAACUGGCUUCGCGACCCUAAUAUGUUACCGGCAAAGAUACCCAAGGCAAGAAUCGUAGUUCUAGGGGGAAAUGUCAUUUUACAGGCCAUCCUUCAUGCCAACGACAACAGCAGAUACACGGCACUACUGAAGUCGACCGCUGGUGUCGUAUUCUUAGGCACACCCUUUCGAGGCUCCAAGUGGCAACCUCUCGCCAAUGCUCUCGCGCUUCUGAUGGGACCAGCAGGCUCACACCGCGGAAUCACGAGAGAACUGGCGUUUGACGCACCGGUGCUAGGUGACAGACUGCAACGUUUCUGCAGCCUACUUGACAAUGACAAACUGCCGAUAAAGAUCGCGUGCUUUUUCGAGCUCCAUGAAACAGACUAUGGGCGCAGGCUAGGAAUUGCCGGAGUAGUUAAGGGAAUGGUCGUCGAAGAGGCGUCUGCUUGCAUCUCAGGUCAUGACAGGUAUCCACUCGAAAAAGACCACCUGAAGAUAAACAAGUACUAUGGCCCAACUGAUCCUGCCUUCGAAACGGUAUCCGAUGUCAUCUCCGAAAUGUGCCGAACCGCAAAAGCUAUUCCCACAGAGGAGGGCCCUGCUCCCGCCAACGUCAGGAAAUGCCUCCAGGAAUUGAAAGUAAGAAACCCAGAGGACAUUCUCUCUGAUAUCAAAAGGCAAAAGGGCGAAAGGGUGGGCCAUACCUGCGAGUGGAUUCUGGAACGAACUGAAUUCUCUGUCUGGCUCUCAAAAGAGGAAUCACAGCUUCUUCGCCUUAUUGGCCCCCCCGGUGUAGGGAAGACGAUGAUAGCGACUUUUCUCGUCGAGUGGCUCGAAAUGAAGAUUGGCAAGUGUCCUAGAACGCUCUUCGCUUACUUUUUUUGUGACGAUAAAGACGAAGAACGGAGUACGCCAACCGCUGUACUUCGAAGCCUCAUCUGGCAGUUAUUACUCCAGAGAAACGAUCUCUACCGGCACGUGUGGCCAAAUGCCGAGGAAAAGGGGCAAACCCAGGAGUUUCCCAGAAUUUUCAACGACUUCUCUGCUCUAUGGCGGAUAUUCCGAUGCAUGCUCCGGCAUCCCGGUGUGGACGAGACCUUUAUCCUCGUGGAUGCCCUCGACGAAUGCAAGAGCUCAACUCGUCAGGAUUUACUUUCCUCACUAGCAGCUUUUUUCCAGCGAGACUCAGAUAAAGGACCGGGAAAAACUAAGCUGCUGAUCACAUGCAGGCCUGACAUUGAUGACAUCGAGGAUGAGCUGAGAAGCCUUGGUGUGCCUCUUAGGGUGGACUCCACAGACAUUGACAAGGACCUGUCCGAAUACAUUGCCGCGAAAGUUGAUGAACUUUCUAAAAAGAAGGGAUAUACAUCGAAAUGCAAAGAAACAGUAAGCAACGCAUUGACACUGCAAGUUGGUGGUACCUUUCUAUGGGUAUCUCUCAUGGUCGCUGAGUUAAGGAGGCCGGAGGUACGCAUGCUGGAUCUGAAUUCCAUGCUCAAGCGUUUGCCUCGGGGACUUUACAACACAUAUGCGGCUAUAUUGGACCGCGUUAAACUUUGCAAUCGGAGUCAUGCCCAAUUCAUUCUGCACUGCAUGGUCGCGGCCCGGCGUCCGUUGAAGAAAGAGGAGAUCAAAGCAGCCUUUGCAACCUGGAAGACUGGAUCGAUACAGCGUGGUGAAGAUUUGUCAGUUUAUGACGACAUUCUAACCGUCUGCAGCUCAAUUCUCUGGGUGGAAUCUGGGGAUGACCCAACCCUCAACUUCUGCCACCAAUCCGUGAAAGACUUCUUGCUCGACGAGCACGCUCAAGUCCGUGCGUGGUAUCAUACAACAGAAGAGGAAGCGAAUGCUUGCCUUUUCAGGGUCUGCUGGGCCUAUUUGACUACCGAGGAGUUCAAUCACGGUAGUUUACUUGUUCGUCGCGAGGGGGGAAGCGGCGGACGAUUGCGUAUCGCAAGCGCUCAGGAGCUCCGUGAUCACUUUCCACAGCACUUAUUCCUGCAGUAUGCCUCGAAAGAAUGGGAGAACCAUGCAUUUGCUAAUUCGGCAAUCCUAUUACGGGAGCUGGCAAUCGAAGCCGCAGGAGCACCAACAUUACGAGAUGCGUUGUUACUACGAGCAGCUAAAAAGGGAAACGAGGCUGUCGUGCGGCUGCUACUUCAACAUGGGGCAGCCAUGGCAACAGAUAUGGACAACAUGACCCCCAUGCACUAUGCCGUAUCGAUAACCAGCAAAGAAAUGGCUCAAUGUUUUCUCGACGCGAAGGUACAUGUUGAUAUUUCGGUGAAGAGACGGGCUUGGCAGCGACUGGACGGAGUGACUGAUGGAUCACAAGAUGCGCCAGAUCAAGAUGAGAGGCAAAGAGGACUCACUGCUUUACAUUAUUCCGCUCUGAAAGGAUUCCCUCGGAUGACUAAGUUCCUUCUCCAGCAAAAGGCCAAUCCUAACGCUGCGUCAGAGUUUGGGGAGACACCUCUUCAUCUUGCUCUAAAACGAGACCUGGCUGGUCAUAAGUGGCCGGCGUGUUCAGAUCCGUGGACUUUUUGGUACACGCGGGAAUACUGCCUUAGGAUCAAGCCCCCUGUUCCGAAAGAUGAGAAUGAUAGCGAAUAUUGCACAAAGCUAGCUGCCCUUGAGAAGCAAAGGGUCGACGUUCUCACCUUGCUUUUAGGCAACACACGAACGGACGUCAACGCUCGAGAUGACAAUGGUGCGACCGCCUUGCAUAGCGUGAGGUAUGGGAUUAGUACAUCUUCUGAAGUUGUCGAAAAGCUGAUUCAAAGGGGGGCGGACAUCUCUGCCCGUAAUAGACUCGGCCAGACACCCCUUCACCUAGCCUGCUUGGGAGGAGACGCGCCCUCCAUCGACACUUUGGUGGUUCACGGCGCGGCUGUUGACGCAACUGACUAUGAAGGUGUCAACUGCGUGCAUUAUGCUUCUCGGAGUCGAAAUGCCAGUUCAAUACUGACCGCUGCUCCAACCAAUUACAUAUGCACUCUCCCACUGAUUCUGUCGCGGGAUCUCAAUGGGCGCAAUGCUUUGCAUCAUCUGUUCCUUGGAAGAUGUCCUGUGGAAGAGGCACCCUGGCAACGUCUCCUCGAGCUAGGAGUCCAGUGCAACGAAUUGGAUAAUGACGGAAUGUCGCCACUAGCUUGCUAUCUCAGCGCUCAGUGGCAUACCGACGAAGCCAUCAAAGUACUAACUCUGCUUCUUGGCAGUGGUUUUGAUGCCAAGUUCAAGACUCGCACAGGUGGACUGAAUUUGGCUCACUUACAUGCCAAGUCGACUUGUUGCGUGCAGGUCGAGAUUCUUAAAAUAUUGGCUAUAUUUGAGGUAGAUCUCCGAGCUACGGAUGAUGAGGCUCGAUCAAUACUGCAUCACUGCGCCCGCAGUGGUUCACUUACGACGGAGGCCUUUGAAUAUCUUCGCAGCGAGGUAGGCCUGACAGUAAUGAUGAAGGAUGCACAUGGCAAAACUGCGCUGGAGUAUGCGACAGCAGGGGCAAAGGAGCCGCUUCAUGCCAUUUCUGUUCGUGGAAGCCUAUGUUCGUAUACCAAAGCAGUACUGCUUGAUACUAUGUGCUAUGAAACAUUUGCAACCGCUUUCCUUGCGGCUAUUAUACUAUCGUCCCCGCAUUCUGUGAGCUCCGAGGAGAUGAAAGAACAAUAG